AACAAUAGUCCAUUAAAUUUGUGCAUACGUCUGAAACAAUCAUCAUUUUCUAAAUGUUCUUGUUUGUUGAAAAAAUAAAUUUUGAGUUACAAUGUAAAAAUACUUUUAAUAUUUAAAAUUAUGCAAAAUAACUUAAAGAAAUUUUAACUGAAACAUGAAAAAUCUGAAAUAAAACACCAUUACCGCGAGGUAAAUGAUGACAUACGGUUUUCAAAAUGGCCGACACACGGUUUACAUCUGACAAAUUAAAACUAAUUUUGAUUGAAUAUAUUGUUGUUUCCUUGUGUCAUAUAGCAGAAAAAAUGACUAAAUGAUACAGUUUAUGACAGUUUUUGUAGUGUAAGUUUAUUGUUUGUGUUUUUUACUGUUUUAAAGUGUUAAGUACCGUGAGUUAAGAGAAGCACAGUAUAAAUCUAAGAACAGUAUGAUUUCACAUGUUAACUUCAAUUUCGUUGCAAAGCAAGAAUCAAGGCUUAUUUGCAUUUAAACAUUUGACCUGUCAGACAUCUUUUUAUUGCAGAAACUUUGAUAUUUUGUGCACUAAAGCCCCUGUCUUUUAUGGUGUGUUUGCCAUUGUGAGAAAAGUGUCUGCAUGCACAAUUGCUUGUUUACCCAGACCACACAUGUCUAAAUCUAAUAACUUAUUGCAGAAUGGUAAAAAGUUGGACAGAAAAUGUGCCAAUAACGACACAGAAUCAGUUAGAUCUAGUAAUAUAUACAUACACGCAGUUACCGGAAAUAAAUAAAUUUCGGAUACUCAAAUAAUUGAUUUAAAUUGGAUGGCGCUAAUAAUAGGAGAAACAACUUAAUGAAAAGACAUCCAAAUAAGGAAGAUUAAAACUGCGUCAUAGAUAACGCGCUUUGCAAAUUUGAAAGAGUCAUUCUUUAAAUUAUUGAGUCAAAAAUGCAAAAAAUGGAGAGUAGCGGAAACACUGUCUACAUAUAAAUUUAUUCUGUCUAUUGGCCAAAAUAGUGUAUUUACCCUCAGACAGGACCACAUACCGGACAAAAUUUCUUUGUAUCAUGGGCAAUCUUUAGGGAUGCUAGUAUUAAAUUGUAUUCACAACAGUAAUUACACAUAAUGUUUAAAUGUUACAGCAUCUCGGAUAAAGCCCAUGAGAUCUUGUGUCCAAAUCAUUUAAGUUUUGUUUGGAGAAACUUUAACUAUUGCUUAUAUUCAUUUUGCUUAAAUGCUUUAAGCUGUCAAAUACAUGUAUAGUCAAAAUCACUAAUUCUGCUUAAUUUAUUUCACUGUAAUGGCAUAUUUCAAGGUGGUUUUUUGUGUCGCCUUUAAAAAGGCGACAUAAAGGGGUUACUUUUGUUGGCAUGUGCGUCAUUGUCGGUGUCUCCUUCAGCUUGUUUGGAGCAAAAGUCAGUCGUUAUAAGUCGGAUUGACUUCAAACUUGGUAUGCAUGCUUCUUAUAAUGACUUGAAGUGCAGUUCACAAGAACCGGUACUCUGCAUCUCUUCUUUUUUGAGUUAUUGCCCUUUGUUAAUUUUCAUACUUUAUUUUUGUCCAGGCCAAUUUUCUCCUAAAGUAUAAAAGCUAUGGACAUGAAACUUCAUAGGAUGAUAGAUCUCAUUGAGAAAAAGUGCAGUGCAUAAGAACUAACUGGUACUCUGCAAUUUUUAUAUUUUGAGUUAUUGCCCUUUAUAAAUUUUCAUACUUUAUUUUUGUCCAGGCCAUUUCUCAUAAAUUAUUAAAGCUAUGGACUUGAAACUUCAUAGGAUGAUAGAUCUUAUUGAUAAUAAGUGCAGUGCAUAGAAACUUCUGCUUUGCACUUUUUAUUAUGCUCCCCGAAAAAUUCCGGGGGAGCAUAUAGUCGGCGCCUUGUCCAUCUGUCUGUCCGCCCGUCCGUCUGUCCGUCCGUUUUCUUGUCCGGAGCAUAACUUGAAAACCCUUGGAGAUAAUUUGUUUAAACUUCAUACAGUGGUAGAGGGCAUUGAGGGGGAGUGCAGUGUCAAAGAACCAUAACUCUAUUUUGCCCGGUUUUUGAAUUAUCUCCCCUUAAAGAAAAAUCUUGUCUGCGUUUAACUCUAAAACUAUAAGAGAUAUCAACAUGAAACUUUGUAGGUGAAUAGAUCUCAAUGGGUAGAUGUGCAGUGCAUAAGAACAAUAACUCUUUUUGUCCUAAUUUUGGAGUUAUUGCCCUUUGUUAAUUUCAACACUUUGAACUUUGUCCGGAACAUAACUCUAAAACUAUAAGAGAUAUCAAGAUGAAACAUUCAGGGCCUUCCCCAGGCCAAUUUAGCCGUUUAUGGAUCACCGGGGCGCUUGGAUUUUGGCUUGCAUGUUGAUCUUAGCGCCGGGGCGCUUGUAUUUUGACAGCAGGAGAAACUUCUUAUCAACGUAAUAGCGCGUGCUACAUUGUCGCAUUGCGUCAUCGAUCAAUUAAUCUCGUGUUAUGACAGGAUGUGUCUAUAAACAUAUGACCGCUAAUAAUGCACAGUAUUUGUUGAUGUAAUUAAAGAGCAAUCUGUUUUUGGAGAACUUAGCAAUUAAUUGCUUUUGAUUGAAAUCAAUUAUCAGAUCAACGGCGAUUAAGGAUUAUGGAUAAUUUAUGUUGCAAUAAGUGUGUGUUUUAUUGGUUCAUGGGAGGUGCUAAAUGCGAUGUGAUUUAGGCCCGGGAUGCUAUUUACACUACUGUAAAACCACUUGUGACUGGGACACUGUCCAUUCUGCGGGGUCUGCAGACCAUGCCAGGGGAGGCCUACCAGAGUGCAGUGCAGAGGGUAAAGGACCUUCAGGCCCAGGGGUUCAACAUCAAGCCUCCUUCUGAGCAAGAGACUGUAAACUUUAGAGAGAAGGUGUUCAAUCCAUUUAUGGAGAACAUUGUGAAUAAUUUGGAGGGCAGGUUUCCAGAUCUGCCUCUUAUACAGAAGUUUGAGGUUUUUAACACAAGGAAGUUUCCUGAUGACAACAGCACCAGUCAUGGGGAAGAGGACAUCAAGGUGCUGGCUGAGCACUUUGGACUUGUGGUUGACAAGACCCUUCAUGAGUGGCGCCAAGUUAGGGAAUCCAUUGCUGACAGUGGGCUUGCUGCAGACAAGGCCAUGGAGUGGGUUACCAUAAAUUUGAAAGUCAGCCACACCAACCUCUUCAAACUUGCUGCUGUGGGGCUGUUGAUCCCUACAUCAACAUCAGACUGUGAGCGUGGAUUUUCCACCCUCAAGAGGGUUAAAACAACACACAGGGCAUCUUUGAGCCCACCUGUUCUAAAUGCCAUCCUUACUGUUGGGAUGUUAGGACCAGCAAUAGAAAAGGUUUAUAUCAACGCCAUGGUGAAAAUCUGGCACAAGGAGAAACCAAGGUGUAGCCAGCUCUAGACAGUCAUGAAUUAACUGAUAAAACAUUAUUGUUUUAUUAGCUCGACUUUUUUGUUUUUGAAAAAAAAAGUAGAGGUAUUGUUAUAGUCAGGUCGGCGUUGCCGUUGCCGUCUCCGUUGCCGUCCGAAAACUUGUACCUGGAUCAUAACUUUUUUAUUUCUUGCUGUAUUGUCUUCAUACUUGGCCACAACAACCCUUGGGAUAAGACCUUUCAGUAGACCACACUUACCUUGACCUUCAUCCAUAAAUGACCUUGACCUUCAAGGUUAAAAGUCCAAUUUUUGCUUGUUCAUGCUGUUAUUGGCUGUUACUUUGUUAUUUUUGAAUGGAUUGUCUUCAAACUUGAACAUAAGAAUUUUCAAGGAUAUCCCUUAAAAAUAACCAGUCAGACCUUGACAUUCACUCAUCAAUGACCUUGACUUUGAAGGUCAAAUUAUUGAAAUUUUCAUUUUUUUGGCUAUUAUAGGCUGUAACUUUGUUAUUUUUGAAUGGAUUGUCUUCAAACUUGAACAAAAUAAUCUUCAAAGAUAAUUGUUAAAAAUAUACCGAAAGACCUUGACCUUCACUCAUUAAUGACAUUGCCUUUGAAGGUCAAAUUAUUGAAAUUUUCAUUGUUUUGGCAGUAACUGACUGUAACUUUGCUAUUUUUGAAGGGAUAAACUUCAUAUUAUAACAGAACAUUCUUAAGGACCAGACCUUGUUGUUUAUCAAACCCAAAUUUGCUUGGGCUCUUCAAUGACCUUGACCUUGAAGGUUAUAUUACUGAAUUUUCUCAGAUUGUGCAUUUAUUGGUGUGUGUGUAUGUAUAGUAUAUGUAUUAUAUAUAUAUAUAAAUGUGUGUGUGUAUAUAUAUACAUAUA